GACCUGCAAAACUGCGAGAGACGCGGUGAUUGAAGGGAGAGCAGAGCGGCGGCGGCGACGACGGCCAUCUUAGAGCUACCGUGGUAACCGACACUCAUCUUCUGGAUUUUAUUUUUCUUGUUAGAGAAACCUUCCGGCUGACUGACGAGGGAAGAAGAAGGUUGUUUUUAACUUCGCUGCGGUUGAACUCGAAGUCGGGAUGCGGUUCCGAGGGAAUACACAAUUUGCAUCCGCUGUCGGACUGGUCCUCGGACUAUUAUGUGCGGUGGAGGCAGCUAAAGUCAAUAAGCACAAACCAUGGAUCGAGACGACGUACCAUGGGAUCGUAACGGAAAACGAUGAUAAAGUACUUCUGGACCCGCCUCUGAUUGCGCUGGACAAAGAUGCUCCUCUACGCUACGCAGAGAGUUUUGAGGUGACCCUCACUGAAGAAGGUGAGAUUUGCGGCUUCAGGAUCCACGGGCAGAAUGUUCCCUUUGAGGCAGUGGUCCUGGACAAGUCCACUGGAGAGGGGGUCAUCCGUGCCAAGGACAAGCUGGACUGUGAGCUGCAGAAGGAGCACACCUUCACCAUCCAAGCCUACGACUGUGGAGAAGGUCCUGAUGGCGCCAACAUGAAGAAAUCCCACAAGGCCACUGUGCACAUCCAGGUGAAUGACAUCAAUGAGUAUUCACCGGUGUUCAAGGAGAAGUCCUACAAAGCCACCGUUAUCGAGGGAAAGAAGUAUGACAGCAUCUUGAAGGUGGAGGCAGUGGACGCCGACUGCUCUUUCCAGUUCAGCCAAAUCUGCAACUACGAGAUCGUCACUCCUGAUGUGCCCUUCACUGUCGACAAAGAUGGCUUCAUCAAGAACACGGAGAAACUGAGCUAUGGCAAAGAGCACAUGUAUAAGCUGACGGUGACCGCCUACGACUGUGGAAAGAACCGUGCCUCUGAGGAUGUUCUGGUCAAGAUCAGCGUCAAGCCCACCUGCAAACCCAGCUGGCAAGGUUUCAAUAAGAGGAUUGAAUACGAACCUGGCACAGGUAGUCUGGCCCUUUUCCCAAGCAUGCACUUGGAGACCUGUGAUGAGCCAAUCACAUCCAUCCGAGCCAAUGUUGAACUGGAAACCAACCAUAUUGGAAAGGGCUGCGAUCGUGACACUUACUCUGAGAAAUCGCUGCACAAGCUGUGUGGUGCCAGCUCCGGCACCAUUGAGCUUCUGCCUGCACCCAGUAAUUCUGCCAACUGGACGGUCGGACUGCCCACCGACAAUGGGCACGACAGCGACCAGGUGUUUGAAUUCAAUGGCACCCAGGCCAUCAAGGUUCCUGACGGCAUGGUGAGCACCAGCCUGAAAGAGCCCUUCACCAUCUCUGUGUGGAUGAGACAUGGCCCCGGGGCGCAUGAGAAAGAGACCAUCCUCUGCAACUCUGACAAGACAGAGAUGAACAGGCACCACUACUCGCUCUACGUCCACAACUGCAGGCUGAUCCUUCUCCUGCGCCAGGAUCCAUCAGAGGCCGAUAACUACAAACCAGCCGAGUUUCACUGGAAACUCGACCAGGCAUGUGACAAAGAGUGGCAUCACUACGUGCUGAACGUGGAGUUUCCCACUGUGUCUCUGUUUGUGGAUGGUACUACCUUUGAGCCCUUCCUGGUCACAGAGGAUUACCCACUGCACGUCUCCAAGAUCGAGACUCAGCUUACCAUCGGUGCCUGCUGGCAAGACAACUCAGGACAUGACAAUGACACUGAGUCAGUCUCUGAGCCCACCUCAGGUGGAAAUGCUCGAAUGGCUCAGUUUUUCCGGGGGAACCUUGCGGGCCUGAUGAUCCGCUCUGGCAAGCUGGAGAACAAGAAGGUGAUCGACUGUUUGUACACCUGCAAGGAAGGACUGGAUGUGCAGCUGCCUGAGGAAGUCGCUUCAGCUGUCAAGGUGGAGUUCAACCCCAACCAGUCCUCUCUGACAGUGGAGGGCGACGACAUUGAUGCCUUUGACAAGGUCAUGCAGCACAUCUCCUACUUGAACUCCCGCCAGUUCCCGACCCCUGGCAUCAGGCACCUUCGCAUCUCCACCACCGUCAAAUGUUUCAACGAGGAGUCCUGCGUUACGGUGCCAGAUGCUGAAGGUUAUGUCAUGGUGCUGCAGCCCGAAGAGCCCAAGAUCAGCCUGAGUGGCAUUGACCACUUUGCCCGCAGCGCUGCUGAAUUCGAGAGCCAGGAAGGCGUGACGCUCUUCCCUGAGCUCCGCAUCGUGAGCACCAUCACCCGCGAAGUGGAGGCUGACACAGAAUCUGAAGCCACGGAGGGAGCUGACGAUGACCCCACAGUCCAAGAGACAGUGGUAUCAGAAGAGAUCAUGCACAACCUGGACACAUGUGAAGUGACUGUGGUGGGAGACGAGCUGGACGGAGAACAUGAGAGCCUGGAGGUGGACAUGUCCCAGCUGCAGCAGCAUGGCCUGGAGAUGAGUUCCUCUAACCUCGGCCUCGUCAUCACCGGUGUAAACACCAUGGCUAACUACGAGCAGGUCCUGCAUCUUAUCCGUUAUAAGAACUGGCACACGGAGGCUCUCUUCGACAGGAAAUUCAAACUGGUCUGCUCUGAGCUCAACGGUCGCUACAUCAGCAACGACUUCAAGGUCGAGGUGAACGUAAUCCACACAGCCAAUCCUGUGGAGCAUGCCAACAAUGCCAUGGUGCAGCCCAACUUCAUUAACCCCGUGCAUCAUGCCUCUGUGGAUCUGUCUGGUCACAACCUGGUCAACGCUCACCAGGCCUCAGUCGUUCCCAGCGCCGCCACUAUUGUCAUCGUGGUGUGCGUUAGCUUCCUGGUGUUUAUGAUCAUCCUGGGCGUGUUCCGCAUCCGAGCUGCACACCAGCGCACCAUGAGAGACCAGGAGAGCGGCAAGGAGAACGAGAUGGACUGGGACGACUCGGCCCUCACCAUCACCGUCAACCCCAUGGAGACGUACGAGGACCAGCACAGCAGCGAGGAGGAGGAAGAGGAGGAGGAGAGCGAGGACGGAGAGGAGGAAGAUGACAUCACGAGCGCUGAGUCAGAAAGCAGCGAAGACGAGGAGGGCGCAGAGCCGGAGGACCAGCAGGGGGCAAGCAGACAGCAGCAGCUGGAGUGGGACGACUCCACCCUCACCUACUAGAAUAACACACACACACACACAUCAACAUACCUGUAACACUAAACACAAGCUCUCUCACACACACCACCAACUUACACUCACUGCUCCACACACACACACACACACACACCCACCGUACAGUUUCAUGUUCAAGGAGCCAUGAUGUAAAAAAGAAAAAUACAAAAAAGAAAAAUUCCCUUCAGCGUAUAUAUGGUCAAGGUUUUCCUGUUGUUCUCUUAGUGAUGGUACUCAGUGUAGUGUAGUCAUCACCAGAUUGCUGAUUUUUACUGUUUAUUUUUUUAUUUAUUAUAUUUUAAUUCCCAGGAAAACUUGGCCUACAUUUUGUUUUGAACUGUGUGAGGAAGCCAACCCUGCACUUUUUCUUUUCUCUCAGACACGAGGCUUUCAAACGGAGAAUACUCUUUUUUUUCUCCCCCUAAUGUAUAUUCUUUGCGUAAAAAGCUUUUAGAUUUGUUUGCCGCUAAACUCACGCAUAGCUUUGACUUGAGUUUUCUUGACUUGUAGUCCACAGUGAAACAAAAUUAUGCUUUUAACAAGUAGACCGCAUUUUUAUUUUUUCUUCUUUUAGUGCAUGAGCAUAUUUGAGAAGUCAUAUGUGUAGAGAAAUUGCUUUUUAAAGAUUUUGUAAAUAUAAAGAAACCAUGUAAUUAGUCGAUGUGUUAGUGGAGGCCUACUCAACGGGGGUCCAAUAUCUAAAACGACGCAGUACGUAAUGUAGAAUAUUUGUGUCACAGAGGCUGUAGCAUGUCGCUAAAUUUCCGCAAAAAGCUAUUCCAUCAUGCUUGUACAAAAAUGUCUGCUUCAUGAUGAGAAACCCAGGAUUGUUAAGCGGAGGUUUCCACGACAAAGUGGCGUCCAUUUUGUCUUUCUUUCUUUUUUCUUUUUUUUUUGCUAUCUCGUACUGGUCGCUGUUUUUUAGCCUCGUACAUGCUUUGCUUUGCUUGCACAGGUUGCAAUGCUCUACUCCAGGCGUCAGUGUAUUUCAUUCCCAAUAGAUCUCACUGUUGUACAGAAGGGAUUUUCUUUUUGUUCAGGGUAAUCAUACUCAGAGAAAUGCUAAUGUACAAAUCAACAUUUUGUGUGGAACGGUACAAACGCCAGGUCAGCAGGUACUACAGUGCUGUCGAUCUGGAAAUAUGGGUACUAACAUUUCUGCCAGUGUAUUUGGGCAAGUCAAGAGAUUUCCUCAGCAGCUUUAAAAAAAAACAACCUUUUCGUCUGUAUCCCAGUCCCGCUGUGCUGACAGAAGUGGGAAGGGAAAAAAAUCUUCAAACUACUGAAAGAGCAGAUUUAUGACAGACAGAGCUUUAGUGGGGCCUGGUUGAAUAGUGCAGUUGCUGGCAUUGUUUUUUGGGGGGGUGGUGGGGGGGGGGGUGAAAUUAAAGUACCUUUCAGGAUUGCUUUGUUGCAAGUUUAUUUACAGUGGCACAGCUAUUUAACCUGAAAAAACAAACAAAAAAAACAUGAGAUGAAUUUUUAAAGUGGUUUCCUGUUGCAAAAUAAGCAACAGGAAAGUUCGAGGAAGAACAACUAAGGAUAUGGCUGCAUAAUUUACAACAAGAACACUUUAAAAAUGAAUCUUCUUCCUGUUUGAAUCUUAAAAUGAAAUAUUUUUUUGCAGUAGACCACUAGAUUUUAUUGUACAUGGAACUGUACUGUAGAGUUGUUCUAAGAUAUUUGUUUACAUUUGGUAAACUUAUUUUCCUUCUGGUAUUAGUAUAAAUCUCAUACAAUUGAUUAGGAAAAAGUGUCCAACCUCGAUCUCCUCUCAGACACUGUUGUCCAACACUGUUGUAUAUAUCUUUCACAAAAACCAGACGCACAUGUACCUUCACACUUAAUUAUGUAGUGUUUGUCUCAUGUUUUCGGGUACCAAGUAAAAAUGUUAAUGUUUCCCCAAACCUGCAUUGAUUAAAGCAGAUCAGAUUUGGGGCAUUUGAAGUGAACAGAAUGUUUCAGGAUUAGAAAUAUGGCGUGCUGUGAGUCUAAUUUUUUUCUUCUUUUUUUUUCUUCUUCAUGCAAAUCUGUUUUUAGAAGCCAACACUGAAUUCAAAGGCUCAUUUUGGAGACAGUUUCCAGGCUGUUUUGAGGGUGUGAGGUCCACAGUUGUGUCUCUUUUAAUGAAUUAAUCAUUUCUAAGAGGUCUGUGGUGGAAAUGUAGUGAACAGUCUCCCCUCCAUGGUGACAAAAUCAAAGGGGCCCAGGUCUGAGCCGGCUGAGAUGGGAGUGCCUUUUCCCGAUCAUAGCACAAUUAGCAGGUCUAACAAGAAAUAAUAAUAAUAAUAAAAAAAAACAACUCAUCCGUGCUCUUUUAUUUGUGGCAAUGUUUUGUUUUGUUUUAUUUUAUUUGUAUUUGUUUAAUGCUAGAUUUCUUACAAAGCUGGGGAUUACAUUUUCUUUCAGUUUGUUGUAACAAUAGUCCACCGCUAGUUUUAUUACAAGUGAGAAACGUUUUACAUAGAUGUCAUGUGUCCAUGUUGAUGUGUAGAGGAAGUAGAUCCAUAUUGUAUCUUCUAUAGAUAUUGUACUAAAUCA